AUGAGCUCGAUCAAUGCUGCGAACGAUGUUCUUCCAGGCGACCCGGAAGGCGAGCAGAGUAACCAGAGCGAUCGAGCGUCUGAAGCAGCCAGCUCUACUAACCACGUGAAUGACCCCUACAGUCUUACUACCGCCGAAAAGAACUGGGCGGACAUGCAGAAAGACCUGGAGAAACGAGGAUAUAUGCUACGUCGCCGCUAUCAUCUAGGAUGGGUGGGAUCCUGGGUUGGUACGAGGAAGAGACCAGAGCGUUGUGAGGACAGCAUCCCGAUUACCAAACACCUGAUAUUGAUGGAUGCUGUGCGAAUGAGUGACAACCGUGGUGUCCUUCUCAAGCUGUGGAAUAACAACGAGCAGGACGGAAAGGAGCUCCCCAUUCUGCAGUACUUCUCCGACCCUGCUCGUUCAAGUGAUCCUAACAACCAUUGUGUUCCUCUUCUGGGUACCCUGACUAUUCCUGGACGGUCGGAUUUAUUUGAGUGUAUUAUUGUUGAACCGCUUCUGCGACGAGGGCAGGAGCCACCUUAUCUGAUCGCUGCCGAAGCGAUGGACUUUAUUCUACAAGCGCUGGAGGGUCUCGCGUACAUGCAUUCCCAUAAUGUGGCUCACGGUGACAUUCACGGCGGAAACAUCAUGAUAGACCCAACGAAUUUGUACCCCAACGGGUUCAACGGGGUUGUUACCUUCGAUCUUAGGCGUCGCUUCUCUGAAAAAGGUGUGAAACGUCUUACAAGGCUGGAAGUACCAGUAAAGUAUUACUACAUCGACUUCGGUUCAAGCGUUCAGUUCUCCAGUGAGAGUGAGCGGAAGCCCGUCCGUUUGACCGCUGCCGUCUACCUUCCACCCGAGGUCAAGAAAGACGUUGAUGGCUUUUACGAUCCGUUCAGAGCGGAUGUCUAUUCCCUUGGUCUGACCAUUAUGAGGGAAAUCCUGCGCCCUGAGCUGCGCUUUCUUAUACCCCCCCUCAAGCCGAUGCUUCAGGACAAUCCCGACGAUCGUCCGACCGCUCAAGAGAUGACCGAUAUUUUCAAAGAAACGUUAAAGCUGGUAACGAAACAGCAGAUGCGCCGGAGGCUAACGUGGACGAAGGAGGCGGGGAAACUAACGAUUCGUUUUCAUGCAUGGUGUUGGAAGGAGUAUUCGAAGCUAUUAUGGCAAUCAUAUCGACACUACGUGGCGAGCUACGUGACAUCCAGCCCUGGGCUGCUCUCCUCGAGCGAGGCUAAGCUCUGA